GAAAAGCUCCAGAUGAAUUAACUGCAUUCCCAGCUUCAAAUGAGUUCUGCACCCUGCAGAGCUGGAGCUUGCUGUUUUACUUUGCUAACAGUAAACUACACAUUCAUCACAAUCAAACAAGAUAUUUUGAUUUGAUAAGAAAAUGUAUCUAAGUUUACAUAACAAUAAUGAUUAAAUUGUGGGCGUUUUGAGAUCAGCAAAGAUGCAAAAACGGAUUAUUGAGUGUGUGCUGCUCCCGCUUGGAUUUGAGACGAGGACUUGAUCGUUGCCUUGAUCGUUGUGUAACAUCGUCAAUUUCUUCAAAACAUUUCGUUGCUUUGAUACAAGUCUUUAACAGCACCACGUCGAUAAAGGCGCGCGUCGGAAGUGGAAAAGAUAUGGAAAUGCGCACUGCGCGAAUGGCUAAACUCGGACGUGCCAUGGACAGUGUAUGAAGCGCUCAGCCUUAUGGGCCAUUUCCUGAUUCAUCUCCCUGACCUCCAACCCCACCCCCACCUCCCCGCUAUGAAUCCCCAAGACUGCACCUCCAUCCCUGGGGAUUUCAACCUCUCCUCCUCCUCCAGGGGCUACUCCACAGUCACCAACCUCUUCAUGAACGAGUCCGGCGAGAGCGCUCCCUUCCAGGACAGCAGCACCGUUAUCACCGCAGUAAUCUCUAUGACUGUAUUCAUGGUGGGCCUCCUGGGAAACACGCUGGCCAUCUACGUGGUCCUGCGCUAUGCCAAGAUGAAGACUGUCACCAACAUGUACCUUCUGAACUUAGCUCUGGCAGAUGAAUUGUACAUCUUAGGACUUCCCUUCCUGACCACCCAGAACGUGCUCUCUUAUUGGCCGUUCGGGCAGUUUCUGUGCCGCGUGGUCAUGACGGUAGACUCCAUCAACCAGUUCACCAGCACUUUCUGCUUGACCGUGAUGAGCAUUGACCGCUACCUGGCUGUGGUGCACCCCAUUCGGAGCGUCAAGUGGCGGCAGCCGAAGGUGGCUAAGGUCAUCAACGGGCUGGUGUGGGUGGUGUCGUUCGUGGUGGUGCUGCCGGUCACCAUCUACUCAGAUGUUCAGGACCGCUUCAACUCGUGCAACAUGAGCUGGCCUGAUCCCCAGGAGCUGUGGUCAACGGUCUUCAUCCUCUACACGGCCAUCUUGGGCUUCUUCGGCCCCCUGCUGAUCAUCUGCCUCUGCUACCUGCUCAUCAUCAUCAAGGUGAAGUCUGCCGGGGCCAGGGCGGGCCUGACCAGGCGGCGCCGCUCCGAACGCAAAGUCACUCGCAUGGUAGUCAUCAUCGUGGUGGUCUUCGUCAUCUGCUGGCUGCCCUUCUUCACCACCAACAUAGUCAACCUCGUCUUCAUCAUACCAGAGAACAGUGUCACCGCCGGCGUCUACUUCUUCCUGGUCAUCAUGACCUACGUCAACUCCUGUGCCAACCCGCUCCUCUACGGCUUCCUGUCUGACAACUUCAAGCAGAGCUUCAGGAAGGUCCUGUGUCUCCACAAGGCGAACGGGGUUGGGGUGGGGGACGGAGGAGACAUGGGGAGCGGAGGGGGACGUCCCAUAUCCCCUAGGCUGGAGAGGGUGGAGACGACGCAGCAGCAUGACCCGCUCUUCACCCCCCGGAUCAUGGACUUCAACAAUGGACACAUGCAGAACAACCAAGUAGUGUGUUCAAAAUGAGACUUGUGGCAACAUGACGACGGAGCUUCUGCCCUUAGAGAGCCCAGUGAUUGAUCAGUCUACUCUAUGAUGAGGCCUGAUUGGUCAGUCUACGCUAUGAUGAGGCCUGAUUGGUCAGUCUACGCUAUGAUGAGCCCUGAUUGGUGAGUCUACGCUUUGAUAAGCCCUGAUUGGUUAGUCUGUGCUUUGAUGAGCCAAGUCGCCUCCCUCUCCAUCACGACAAACAAUCCAUCAUCUGGAGCCUUCCCAUUGUCAACCCAUGUAGCUCUUGACCAAUGACCUCUCUCGGACGAUACAGGAAGAAGAGAUACAUGGGACUUCAAAGAACACUUCCUGUUCUGACACUACACUGAACGAUUUCUGCCAUGACACCUCUCCUGUUUGUCAGUAUAAACCUCAGACAUGUACAGCACAUUGCACCACUGGAAGGGGCUGAGGGGAGGACGGCUCAUAAUAAUGGCUGGAAUAGAAACUAUGUGUUCAAUGUAUUUUAUACCAUUCCACUGAUUCCGCUCCAGCCAUUACCACAAGCCCGUCCUCCUCAAUGAAGGUGUCACCAACCGCCUGUGCAUUGCACCAGCUUGGUGUCAUGGAACCAUCAAGUGCACUAUCUUCAUGUACUUUAUAGAGUCCUUACAUAUACUAUAUGGAAAGACUAUUUUUUAGACUGUGAAUGGGCGAAAACUUGCCCUAGAUUAAAAUUCCCUAGAAAAUGAACCAGAGUAUUCCAUUCACUUUAUAUGAACUGGGUCAUUUGAUUUGAUCAGAAAUGUUGUGAAUUUAGAUGGAUUGUCGUCUUUGUGAGCUUGGAACCUUCUGUAUGUAUUCCAUCACUAUGUAGGUGUGGCCAUGACGGGAAUGUACUACACACACUGUCUAUGACCCUUGUCCAUUUGUCACUAUGAUCACCUGUAACAAGUCCCAAUGGGUCAUAAUGCCCACCUAUGGACUCAUGGAUGAUUUCUGCUCUGGGCAAAGUUAUUUCAAGCUGGGAUGACCAGUGAAAUGGUACUAGAGGAAACCUGCAUUGUGGAAAACGAACACUGUCUCCGAACAGAGAGAAUGAUGAUAACGAUGAUGUCAAUCCAACAGAUGAAUCUGGCGUACAGUACUCACUGUAUCUAUGGCAUAAUGUUAUAACUGAGGAUCCUAUUCAUAUUAUUGAUGAAUUAUUGUUAUUUGUUGGGUAUUAUUAUUAUAAACUUGGGUAGUUGUUCCAAGUGUUUUGGUUAUUUGAAUGUGUUUAUUUGAGAUGAAUGGAUCCCCUUGACCUUUUAUUGGCGGUUGAAGCACUGGUGCAACUUCCUUGUGCUCGGCCUUACCUGGGGUUGUGCUCGGCCUUACCUGGGGUCGUGUUCGGCCUUACCUGGGGUUGUGCUCGGCCUUACCUGGGGUUGUGCUCGGCCUUACCUGGAGUUGUGCUCGGCCUUACCUGGAGUUGUGCUCGGCCUUACCUGGGGUCGUGCUCGGCCUUACCUGGGGUCGUGUUCUUUAGGCACCACACGGAAUCAAACUGACUGAAACAGGGAGGGACUACCUCCUAGACUAAUGUCCAGUAAGAUACACAGAUUUUAAUUUCCCGUUUUGAAAUGUUUUCCCUUGCAUGCCCUACUGAACAAUCUGCGUACAACAGCAUAGUCGUCGCUGUCUGAUGAAAAGCACUAAUCUCCAAAACAGAUUUUUUUCAGGAAAUGGAAGAAAUUACCAUAUUGUUCCAUUAAUGAACACACAAUUAUGAAACUUCAGGAGCUAUUUUGAAUACAUUUUCUUGGUCCUAGAGUCAUUAAAUGUUCAGAGUACAUUGCUUUCAAUAAAUAAAUACAAAUGUAAAUGGCAAGAAUGGAGUUACAAGGUUUUCAUCAGACAGCGUCGCAGUGAUUCAUCUGCUGUACACACAUGCAGUAUUUUAUGGAUUACCUUUAACUGUAUUGAUUUCAAUGAGCACACAAUCCACACUGACUGUCUUACAGUCAUGUAUGACACGUUCAAGAUUUAUACAGUAAGUUAUUAUCUGUGUAUUCUACUCUGGUAUUACACCGUGGUCAAGUAAAUUUAAAAAAAGUUGCUGUUACUUAUACUAAUUAUUUUAGAUAAUAGAUAGCAUUAUUGCUAAUGUGCACCAUCUGGACAUGUGUUCAAAAUGUUUCAUUUCAGUGUUAUUGUUUUAAUAAAAUGACAAAAAGACAAUUGGUUCGAUCAAUAUGCAUGUAGCCUGAGUACCAGUCUUUUUAGCUAACAUUCCACUCCUUUGGAAAACGACAGGAGUGGCAAGGAGUGGAAUGUAAAAGCUGAACAGAUACUGCGACCAGGCUAAUAUGCAUGCUCUUUGGAUGGAUGUCGCUCCCGCUGUCUCUGUCUCUCUCUGUCUUUCUUUCUUUCUCUCUAUGUGCCCUUCUUUCAUCUCCAUGAUCCCUCCCUCUCACCAACCGUCCUUGGUGCUUUCUCUUUCUCUUUCUCUUCCUCUUCACCCCUAUCUCCAGUGUGUUUACAGGCAACGUGUCCCAGUGGCGUACUACUGCAGGUGUACGGGUGAAAACAACAAGCUCCCCAUUAAACCGCUAGGCCCUAGGCUACACCUAACUGUUUGACUGGCAUGUUUUCCACCCCUCAAUGUCAGGGGAAAGGACAGAAUGAGAGCAGCAGGGUAUUGGAAGGUCUGUUCUCAAAUCUUCCUCUGUACGUCAGCUAGUCAUUACAUGGACCGUUGAA